CACAGCUUGGCGCGGGCGGUGGCGCGGGCGGUUAAGCGGCAGGUACAAACACAGGGAGCAGGAACAAAUGAUGAGGAAAUUUAUCUUUUGGCUUUAAUUGCAAAAGAAGAUGCUAAAGAUGAUAAGAAAUGCAAAGAAAAAUUAGACAAAUACUGCGAAGCACUAAAUAAUGCAACAAUAAAAGCGGAAGACGUAUAUGAAAAACUUAAAACUUUUUGUAAAAAUGGAAAAGCAGGAGAAAAAUGCAAAAAUUUGGAAGGCAAAGUCAAUCAAAAAUGCACUGAAUUUCAAGGAAAACUUCAAACAGCUGUUAAGAAAAACAUUAAAAAUUUGGAAGAUACAGAUUGUGCAAAUGAACAACAAUGCCUAUUUUUGGAGGGAGCAUGUCCAACAAAACUUAAAAAUAACUGCAAUACUUUAAGAAAUAAGUGCUAUCAAAAGAAGCGUGAUAAAGUGGCGGAAGAAGCUCUUUUAAGAGCAGUUCGUGGAGGUCUAACCAAUGAAACUACAUGUGAAGGAAAGCUCAAAGAGGUUUGCAUAAAGUUGAGUCAAGAAAGUGAUGAGUUAACGAAGCUUUGUCUUUACCAAAAAAUGACAUGUAAAACAUUUGUAUCAGAAAAACAAAAAAAAUGUAAUAGCCUUGAACAGGAAGUUAAAGAAGCACUUAAAAAAAACAGUGAAUUACGAGAAAAAUGUCUACCAUUACUUGAGCAAUGUUACUUUCACAGAGGGGACUGCAAAAAAGAUGCAUCACAAUGCAAACUUCCAAAUGGAAACUGUGAGGAAUAUCUACCAAAGUGUGAUGAAUUGGCAGAAGAAUGUGGAAAAAAAGGCGUCAUUUAUAUACAUCCAGGACCCGAUUUCGAUCCAACUAAGCCAGAGCCUACAGUAGCAGAGGACAUAGGACUGGAAGAGCUUUAUAAAGAGGCUGAGAAGGAUGGAAUUUUUAUUGGAAAGAAUCAUCUAAGAGAUGCAACGACUUUGUUGGCGUUGUUGAUCCAAGAUUCUAAUCUUAAAAAAAAAGAGGACAAAGAGAAAUGCGAAGAAGCUCUUGCAGACAAAUGCAAAAACUCUCAUGAACAUGAGGCCUUGGAAAAACUAUGUGAGGGAAAUAAUAUAAGUAAUGAUGGAACAGAAAAAUGCAAAGAUUUAGAGAAUGAUAUUAAAAAAACGUGCACAAACCUCAAACCAACGAUUCUUAGAAAUCAUCUUUAUGAUCCAAAUGGCGAAAUUAUUGAAUGGUGGAAAUUGCCGACAUUUCUUAGUAAUGAAGAGUGUGCAAGACUAGAAUCUUACUGCUUUUAUUUUAAAGAAAGAUGUCCAGAUGUCAAAGAAGCUUGUAUGAAUCUGUGGGCAGCGUGUUAUAAGAGAGGGCUUGAUGCACGGGCAAAUAAAGUACUGCAAGAAAAUAUGCGUGGGUUAUUACGUGGUUCAAAUCAAAGUUGGCUUAAGGAGUUUCAACAAAGAUUAGUAAAAGUAUGCAAGGAACUAAAAGAAAAUAAAGGAAGUUUCCCAAAUGAUGAAAUAUUUGUUCUGUGUGUACAGCCAGCAAAAGCUGCACGAUUACUUACACACGAUCAUCAAAUGAGGGUUAUCUUUUUACGACAACAACUGGAUCAAAAGCGAGAUUUUCCGACAGAUAAAGACUGUAAGGAAUUGGGGAGAAAGUGCCAAGAUUUAGGAAAAGAUUCAAAAGAAAUUACGUGGCCAUGUCAUACACUGGAGCAGCAAUGCAAU